AUGACUUAUGCUACAAGACUUUUAACUCGAAAACAAACGCAAGGAAAUGAUAAACGAAAGAGUAAAAAGUCUUCAAGAAUUAGUUCUAAAAGAGAACAUACUCAAUAUAAAAAUAAUACUUCGAACAAAAGUCGUUCUUUACGGAGCGAUAUCAAUGAUUCAUUACAUUGCAAUAAAAAACGAGAAGAUAUUGGUUUCAGAAAAGUUAUGGUAGCUGAUAUUUUAGCCAUUAGAAGUAAUGAGGAUGAAGAAUACGCAUUAUUAGCUUAUAAAGAUUGGCAACCUGUACGAAACCUUCGAAAUGCCACUGCUCUUAUUGAAAAAUUUUGGCAAAACCAAGCUUCUCGUACCUGUCAAUUGGUUAAUGCAACGGAUUCAUCUUCAAAUAUCGUUAAUGCUGUUGUUGAUGAUAAUUUAAAAGUAGUUCAGGCUAAUAACGAUA